GAGCGGAAAGCCGUCUGUGUUGAAAAUUGUCACAUCCAUCGCCUCUGUCUUCUGAAAUGAAGGUCUACGUCUUGUUAACCUUGCUUUCCCUUUCCACCGUUGCCUAGCGGAAAGCCGUCUGUGUUGAAAAUUGUCACAUCCAUCGCCUGUGUCUUCUGAAAUGAAAGUCUACUUCUUGUUAACCUUGCUUUCCCUUUCCACCGUUGCCUACGGAGGAACGGGAUCCCCACAGGGUACCGUGAAUGAAGGAGUUCGUUUGCGUGAGGCCGACGUAGGUGCAGAUGACAAGGCAGGAGAAAUGCUGGUGACUAUGGGUCGGCUGCUUCAGGGCGAGAACGUUGCUUUAACCAAGCAGGCCAAAAGCGACUUCAUCAAGGUCAUCCAUGCUUUGUCUCACAAUGCCGAAGACCCAAGUGACGGUGGCUCCGAGUACUUCUUGCCCAUCCUCGUCCGCGCUAUAAGGCGCCUAGUAGUCCGCAAUGAGCGAAAGAACAAUGGAUAAAAAUGUGUUCGCCUCGUUCAGAUAGCAUGAAUAGGUUGUGUGCGAAUUGAAGAAUGCAAUAAAUUGUGGUAAAGACAAAGUCGUUUAUGAAUGCGUUUGCAU